AUGUCUUUGACUUCCUCUAGCCUAUGUGGCCGUUUCAUACUCCUAUGCUUAAACCUACUACUCCUUCUACGACCCGGACAAGCAUACGAGGAAAUAUCUGAUGAGACCUUGAAGGCAUUGCCACGACCGAGUCAAGAGUUUGAUAUUCACAAUGGUGCUAUUUUAUCUCCGAUCCUCCAGACCCGUGUUCCUGGCACCCCCGGACACGAUGCGGUUCUCGAUCACCUAGUCAACUACAUUCGAACAGCCGUACCUAAAUGGGAGCUCGAGCUUCAGAAUUCCACGUCGAAAACGCCGGUUUCGAAGGGCAAAGAGGUGCCAUUUGUCAAUGUUAUCGCAUACCGUGAUCCCCCAGGCGCGCCCGUCGGAGACAUAGAACGACUUACAUUGGUCGCACACUAUGACAGCAAGUUGACACCGGAGGGCUUCAUCGGAGCGAUUGAUAGUGCUGCGCCAUGUGCAAUGAUUAUGCAUGCAAUGCGCACUAUUGAUGCCGCGCUGGAAAAGAAAUGGGCUGCCAUGCGGGAGAAAGGGAUGGACCCUACAUUCGAGGAAGAGCGCGGGAUUCAGGUUCUUUUCCUUGACGGCGAAGAAGCUUUCGAGCACUGGACUAGCACAGACUCGUUAUACGGUGCACGCUCUUUGGCAGAGACAUGGGAUCAACAUAUGAACCCGGCCAUGUCUACAUUCAAGACAAAAUUAUCGUCUAUCUCGCUCUUCGUUCUUUUGGAUUUGCUUGGCUCCAAGAGCCCUAAUAUUAUGUCCUUCUACCAGACUACGCACUGGGCUUACCAGAAUAUGGGUAACCUGGAACAGCGUCUAAGGAAAUUGGGUCAAUUUAAGUCGUCAUCAACCGAUCCGUGGUUCGUUGAUACGUCCAAGGAUUCCCAUCAGGUCGUUUCUCAGGGUGGUAUUCAGGAUGACCAUAUUCCUUUCCUAGCACGAGGCGUGGAUAUCCUGCAUGUUAUCGAUUUUGCACCUUUUAAGGGAUUUUCUUCCGUCUGGCACACCAAUGAUGAUGAUGGAGAGCAUCUGGAUAUGGACACGGUUGAAGACUGGACCGUGCUUAUCACCGCUUUUACUGCAGAGUGGAUGGAAUUAGAAGGUUUUCUUGUUCAAUCAGAAACCGUGAAAGCACGCAGGGACGAGGACCUUGAAGAGGAAGCUAUUCGUCUAAACAAAAAGACUGAGCUGUAA